AUGGAGAACAAGAUGAUUUUCGCAGGUCUUGCAGUGCUUCUGAUCAGCCUUGCUUCAGUCCCAGCUUCCUUCGUCUACGGAGAAGCCGAAUUGGACACUUACAUUGUGUUCUUGCAGAAACCUGAAGGCCUCUCCACACUUGCAGAUGGAGAUUUGGAGUCAUGGUACAGCACAUUCCUUCCUGAUACUACUCUGGCCAGCUCAUCAUCCACGACCCGAUUGGUCCACACCUACCGCAAUGUCGUGACAGGAUUCGCGGCGAAGCUGACCAAGGGGGAAGUAAAGGCCAUGGAGAAGAAGGAUGGGUUCAUCUCCGCUCAGCGCGAAAAGAUGUACAGUCUGCACACCACUCGCACCCCUGCAUUCUUGGGAUUGCAGCUCAACAACGGUCUGUGGAACGGUUCCAACAACGGGAAGGGCGUGAUCAUCGGAGUACUAGACACCGGUGUGACACCGAACCAUCCUUCGUUCAACGACCUGCACAUGCCCUCUCCGCCUGCCAAAUGGAGAGGCAAAUGCCAGCUACCGAAGUGCAACAAGAAGCUCAUAGGAGCUAGGAAUCUCGUUGGGGACACGUACGCGACCGAUGAUGAAGGCCACGGAACUCACACUUCUAGCACCGCUGCUGGGAGCCCCGUGCAGGCCAGUGCCUUUGGGCAAGCUAGCGGCGUGGCCUAUGGGAUGGCGCCGCUGGCUCACAUUGCUAUGUACAAAGUCUGCUCAGAAGAGGGUUGCCCUGGAGGUUCUAUACUAGCAGGAAUCGACGCUGCUGUCGCGGAUGGCGUCGACGUGCUCUCGCUGUCCCUGGGCGGAGCUUCGUCGCGUUUCCCCGAGGAUCCGAUCGCUGUUGGUGCUUUCGGAGCGAUUCAGAAGGGGGUUUUCGUCAGCUGCUCUGCUGGAAAUGCUGGUCCUGCAAGCGCCUCGUCGGCCAACGAGGCGCCCUGGAUUCUGACCGUUGGAGCUAGCACCAUCGACAGGAAGAUCAAGGCCACCGUUCUGCUAGGAAACAAAGCGGGUUACGACGGACAAUCGCUGUUUCAGGACAAGAAAUUCCGUCACCGGUUGUUGCCCCUUGUGUAUGCAGGGGCGAAUGGCAGAGCAGCUUCCAGAUUCUGCGCCCCUGGCUCGCUGAACAAGUCGGUCAAGGGCAAAAUUGUCUUGUGCGAAAGAGGAGGGGAAAUUGCUAGAAUUGGCAAGGGACAGGAAGUGAAGGACAAUGGCGGCGCUGCUAUGAUCCUGAUGAAUGAUCAACCGAACGGUUUCGACACUCUGGCUGAUGCUCAUGUCCUCCCUGCAUCCCAUGUCGGAUUCGUUGCAGGCGAGGCGAUUAAGGCGUAUCUGAACUCCACCAAGUCGCCGAAGGCCACAAUCCUGUUCAGCGGGACUAUAUUCGGCAACCCGAAUGCUCCUCAGGUCGCCUCGUUCUCCUCCAGGGGUCCCAGCCUGGCGAGCCCCGGGAUCCUGAAACCUGACAUCAUCGGCCCUGGAGUGAAUAUCUUGGCAGCUUGGUCCGUUUCGGUAGACAACAUAACCAACCCACCGUUCAACAUGAUAUCAGGAACUUCAAUGUCCUGUCCUCACCUCAGCGGCAUUGCUGCUCUGCUUAAAAAUGCUCACCCUGAUUGGUCCCCUGCCGCGAUCAAAUCAGCGAUGAUGACUACCACAUACCUGUCGAAUCUCGGAAGGACGAAACCUAUCCUCAAUGAACAGCUUCAGCCUGCUAACUUGUUUGAUAUGGGUGCAGGGCACGUAAAUCCGGUCCUGGCUGCAGACCCUGGACUUGUGUACGACCUCCAGCCCAACGACUACAUUCCUUAUCUGUGCGGGUUGGGGUACAAGGACAGCGAGAUCUCGGGGCUCAUACAGCGCAAGGCGCACUGUGGGAAUGUGACCAUUCCCGAAGCUCAGCUCAACUAUCCUUCGUUCUCCAUCAGGCUGGGUUCUACUCCCCUGACGUACUCGAGAACUGUGACGAAUGUCGGCCGGGCCAAUUCGGUGUACGUAGCUAAAGUUGUGCUGCCAAGAGGAGUUAAUGUCAAGGUGCAUCCUGAGAGGAUUGUGUUCAAUCGUUUGAAGCAGAAGGCCACGUUCACCGUGACGUUUACGAGCAAGGGAUUCUCUGCUGAAACUUACUCUCAGGGGUUCUUGUACUGGCUCACCAAAGGUUAUGUUGUGAGGAGUCCGAUUGCCGUUAUAUCUGCGUAA